AUGUUCGCCUAUGAAACUGACGCGGACGGCCGUACUGCUGGCCGGUCGAACAGCACGGUGCUGCCGUACAACGACGAACCCCGUUGUUUCACGAAACAAAUGGUAAAGGACGGGUUCAUUUUGACCACGGAUGGCAGCCUUUACCUUACCGAUGACCGCCAACGCGUACCGGACGUCUUGUACUGCGUAGAUUAUUACGCUGAGGCCAGUGCACAGGUGGACUCCGUCCUGCAGGCGUUCGUGUGCGGCGACGACAUACGGAACAGCUGGGUGUACAUUUUCAUUCGGGCUAGUGACAUGGCGUCUGUCGUGUGCCUGGUACUCACGCUACUCGUUUACAACAUACUGCCCAGCCUCCAGAACAGCCGCAACUACUACGUCAAGUUCUACAUGAUCUGCGAGCUCGUGUCGUCGUCCAUGUACGCAAGCCAGUGGUUUACAGAAGACCUUAAAGGCCACAUAUGCGUUCUAUACGGUUAUUUUACAUUCUUUUCAAUUCUGACAUCACUUUGCUGGUUAAACGUAAUAUGCUUCGAUAUUUACUGGAUGUUAAGGUACAACAUUUCAAUAAACAGAAAUACAUCAAUAUCAGUACGCACCAUUAUGUACCAUAUUUACUGUUGGGGAUUUUCGAGUAUUUGCGUAUCUACCGGUUAUUUAUUUCAACAUUCACAAAACGAAACGCUAAUGAAAUUAUCACCUAAUAUUGGGGACCCCGUUUGCUGGUUUAAAAAUAAAAGUGGCUAUGGUAUUUUCAUUUUCUUCCUGCUACCCUCCACUGUUAUGGUGACAGCAAAUUUAAUUAUGUUCUUCUUAACUGCUAUUUAUUUUUUAAGAAUUAAAUCUGAGCUCAACGGAUUCAAAGGGACAGAUUCAAAAGCUGAAAGUUUUCAUGUUUACAAAGAAAAAUUUUUAAUGAGCCUCAAACUAUUUCUGAUUAUGGGAACCUCAUAUUUUUUUUGGAUAUUAUGUUCUUUAUUCCAAAUUGAAGAGGGGAUCUUAUGGAACUUUUCUGAUGCAAUGACCAGUCUACAAGGAGUUAUCAUAUUUAUUAUAUUUGUGGCCAAGCGUAAAGUUAUUAUGGACUUACGCAAAAAGUUUAGACGUGCAAUGGAUCAUAGUGAAUCGACACAAAUUAACACUAUCUCUGGGUCGUCAUAA